UCGACGGCUGCAAAAAUCUUCAACGUCUACCCAAAGAAGGGUCGAAUAGCUGUCGGGUCAGAUGCUGAUCUAGUGAUUUGGAACCCAGAAGCAACCCGGACAAUCUCGAAAAACACUCAUCAUCAGGCUGUCGAUUUCAACAUUUUCGAGGGAAUGCUAGUUCACGGAGUCGCUGAAACUACAAUUUCACGAGGAAAAGUGGUAUGGUCCGAUAACAAGCUGACAGUGGAAGCUGGCGCUGGUCGAUUUGUCCCACUGGCACCAUUUGCUCCAAUAGCAUUUGCCACGACAGCACAGCGAGCAAAGGCAAUGGCUCCACGAGUCGUGGAUAGAACCGGCACUGCCGACCAAAAGAUUGACCAUGUGAAGCCUGUUGCCGUGCCAUCGCCAUUAUCCGCAACCCAUAAUGGGAGUAUGAAUGGCAACAACGUCAACAGCACCCGGAGACCGCCACCUGGAGGAGCUAGUAGUAUUCAACUUUAUUGA